UUAGUCCCCGUCUUGACAAGGAUCCUACAGGCCACGUAAAACAAAACAAAAAAAUAAAAAAAUACUCGUUGUUUACAGUUAACACUGGCGAACUUCAACUCGUGUGGGACACGCUAGUAGUGAAAGCGGAACGAUUGCCCGGAAAACAGUGACCUGCAGCGACACAAGAUCGUCAACCACGGUUCAAGGUUCAAGCUCAAAGACUUGCCAUUUUUCACAAAUUCCGCGUCUGUGCAACUUCGUGUUCAGUUUUACUCCAACUCAGGGGUGAUGUUGAGGAGUGUAUUCAGGUGCCUUAGGACCAAUCCUGUUGCUGGACAAAGAACUAUGUCUCAAAGCAGCCUUGCAGGGAAGGUAGCCAUAGUCACUGCCUCCACGGACGGAAUUGGUCUGGCUGCUGCUCAGGCUCUGGGCAAGAGAGGGGCCCAUGUGGUGGUGAGCAGCCGGCGGCAGGCCAACGUCGACAAGGCUGUGGCUUUACUGAAGAGCCAGAGCAUUCAAGUGACUGGAACCACCUGUAACGUUGACAAGGGAGAAGACAGAGAAAAACUGGUUCAGAUGACGCUGGAUCAGUGCGGGGGCAUUGAUAUCCUGGUGUCCAACGCAGCGGUCAACCCUUUCUUCGGAAACAUCAUGGACUCCACAGAGGAAGUCUGGGACAAGAUCCUGAGUGUAAAUGUAAAAGUCUCCUUCCUCAUGACCAAGCUGGUGGUGCCUCAUAUGGAAAAGAGGGGAGGGGGAAAUGUAAUUAUCGUGUCGUCUGUGGCCGGAUACCAACCAAUGCAGGCUUUGGGUCCGUACAGCGUGAGCAAGACAGCCUUGCUGGGUCUGACCCGAGCUCUGGCCCCGGAGCUGGCUCAGAGUAACAUAAGAGUCAACUGCGUGGCCCCCGGAGUCAUCAAGACCCGCUUCAGCUCUGCGAUAUGGCAAAACGAAGACAUCAUGGAAGAGUUCAAAAAGCAGCUCAGCAUUAAAAGAAUUGGAGAGCCAGAGGAGAUCGGAGGAGUGGUCGCGUUCUUGUGCUCGGAGGAGGCGUCCUACAUCACAGGAGAGACCAUCACGGUGACCGGAGGGAUGAGCUGUAGACUCUGAAACUCCACUCAGCAACGCAGCUAAUUUGCACUAAACUGUGUCUCUGUGUCCCGUUUGUGAUUCUUUGACUACUUCCAGUGUUUCCCUGUGUCAGAAUAAAGCUGGCAAGGGAGCUAUAGUGAUGAACCAAUCUAAACCUGUGAAUUACUUUUAUUGAAGACUUUGGGAACUUUUAUGAGUUUGUUUUUUUCUUUAAAUUUGUAAACAUUUCAAAUAAAUACAUGAAUAUAUAUAAAGUGCCUAGAAAUGAA